AUCGAUUCCACACUUGCCCUACCUCGUGGUGUUUCUGUCGGUCGCAUUUUCAUUAAAGUCGCCAUUUUAAAAUUAUUAAAGUCGAGUGUGCACAAUGGCAGACGUGGAAAAGGAGCCCGAGAAGACCAUCGCCGAGGAUCUGGUGGUGACCAAGUACAAGUUGGCCGGCGAGAUUGUCAACAAAACCCUCAAGGCGGUAAUUGGACUCUGCGUGGUUGAUGCCUCCGUGCGGGAGAUCUGCACCCAGGGCGACAAUCAGCUCACCGAGGAGACCGGCAAAGUAUACAAAAAGGAGAAGGACCUGAAGAAGGGCAUCGCCUUUCCCACCUGUCUGUCCGUCAACAACUGUGUCUGCCACUUCUCGCCAGCCAAAAACGAUACGGACUACACGUUAAAGGCCGGCGAUGUGGUCAAAAUCGAUUUGGGAGCCCACAUCGAUGGUUUCAUUGCCGUGGCCGCCCACACAAUUGUGGUGGGAGCUGGCAAGGAUCAGAAGAUCAGCGGUCGCCAGGCCGACGUCAUCCUCGCCGCCUACUGGGCUGUCCAGGCUGCCCUGCGUCUGCUCAAGUCCGGCGCCAAUAACUACUCCCUCACCGAUGCCGUGCAACAAAUCAGCGAGUCGUACAAGUGCAAGCCCAUCGAGGGCAUGCUCAGUCACGAGCUGAAGCAGUUCAAAAUUGACGGAGAGAAGACGAUCAUACAGAAUCCCAGCGAGGCGCAGCGCAAGGAGCAUGAGAAGUGCACCUUCGAGACGUACGAGGUGUAUGCCAUCGAUGUCAUCGUCAGCAGCGGCGAAGGAGUGGGACGCGAGAAGGACACCAAGGUCUCCAUCUACAAGAAGUCGGAGGAGAACUACAUGCUCAAGCUGAAGGCUUCCCGUGCUCUGCUGGCAGAGGUGAAAACCAAGUACGGAAACAUGCCAUUCAAUAUCCGCAGCUUCGAGGAGGAGACCAAGGCCCGCAUGGGAGUCGUCGAGUGCGUCUCGCACAAGAUGAUCGAGCCCUUCCAAGUGCUGUACGAGAAGCCAUCCGAGGUUGUGGCGCAGUUUAAGCACACGGUUCUGCUUAUGCCCAACGGCGUCAACUUGGUCACCGGCAUCCCAUUCGAGGCGGAGAGCUACGUGAGCGAGUACAGCAUUGCGCAGGAGGAGCUGAAGACCCUGCUCACGCAGCCUUUGGGUCCCGUGAAGGGCAAGGGUAAGGGCAAGAAGGCUCCGGCUGGAGCGGCGACAAAGGUGGAAACGGCGCCGGCCGUUGAGACCAAGGCAUAGAGUAGCCCGCGCCGAUGAAGAUCCGCACCGCCGCACCACCAGCAACCCAACAACGGAAACCACAAUGUGAACAAUUGCGCUGCCUACCGCUGCCGCUCCACAGAUUUUUACUAUUUCGAAUUCGUUGCGUAUUAAAGCCCUUUUUGACAACAGAACAACAGAAUAGAAGACGGCAACACAAUUUGAGGAUUCCUCCUGUUUAAACCAGCAGCGAAUUGAGAACGCAAAACCAUUUCCCCGAGAAAAUCCUCCUCCAUCCAUCGGCAGGGCGGUCGGCCCAGCGCCAACCUUACCUCUUUAUUUCCUUUACUAUAAGCUGCCUUCGUUUAUCGGUUUGUUCAACACCAACGCAACGAAAAAGCAAAGCAAGAACUGUCGUCAAAUUGUAACAAUUUUAACGCAAAAUGAUCUUAAAUAUAUAAUUCAAGAAAAACGUUAUUAACGCUGCGUAGUAGGUAUUAAAUAAAAUUAACAUUUUCUAUAAAACAGCCGAUAAA